AUGGAACCACACACGGCUGCAAAUGGAGAAACGAACACAAAUGUAAAUAAUUCAUAUGGAAUUAGAGUGGCUAGAUCUUGUAUACUUGAUCAUCCUCAACAAUCCUAUAUCAAUGAUGAACAAUUAAAAUUUAUUGUAAAAUUAUGCGAAGGCCAUGAUGAUUUAAUACGAGCACAUAGCCGCGAAGUUGGUAUGUGUUCUCAUACAACUGCACUACUAUGGCAUAUGGGAGUAGAUGGAGAAACUAUUUCAUCAACUCAUCCAUCAUCUACUACGAAACUACUUGCCGCUAUCGAUAAUAGCAUGCUCUUCUCCGAACAAGAAGCCGAUUCUGAUGAUUUCGUAAUAUCUUCAACUAAGAAAACUAGCGACGAUGCCAAUUAG